AUGUCUGGAAUUUACGAUCAAGAUGGUGGAUAUGGCCGUAACGACGGCGGAGGUCACGGUGGUCGACGAGGUGGAGGAUUGGGUGGACGAGGUGGGUAUCAAGGCGGGGAUCGUGGUGGGAGAGGUGGUGGCCGCGCAAGUGGUAGAGACGGAGACUGGCAUUGUCCUAACUCAAGUUGUGGGAAUUUGAACUUUGCGAGAAGGGUUGAGUGUCACAAAUGUGGUGCUCCUUCUCCUGCUGGUGCUAAUGAUCGUGGUGGUGGUGGUUAUAAUAGAGGGGGAUAUGGCAACAGUCGUGGGUAUAGAUCGGGUAACUACGAUGGAGGAAGAGGUAAUAACAAUGUUGGUAGAAGUGGGGGAGGCAUCAGAGGUAGUCAAGGCAGAGAAGAUGGUGGAUAUGGCCAAGUUCCUCCACCUGCAUAUAAUUCUUCUGGUGGGAAUUCAAAUUUUGGGACUGAUGCGGUUCCUCCACCUGCAAGCUAUCCUGGUGGACCUAAAACUUAUCCACCACCAAAUGGAAGUAAUACUAGUGGAAGAGAUGCACAUAAUGGUGGUAGGUCGGUUGGAUAUGAUAGUGGUUAUGGUGGAGCUCCUGCUGAGCCCCCUACUAAGUUGAAGCAAUGUGAUGAGAAUUGUGGGGAUUCCUGUGACAACUCUAGAAUCUACAUAUCAAACUUACCUCCGGAUGUGACUAUUGAAGAAUUGAGAGAACUUUUUGGAGGCAUUGGACAAGUUGGAAGAAUAAAACAAAAGAGGGGGUAUAAAGACCAGUGGCCUUGGAACAUAAAGCUAUACACUGAUGAGAAAGGAAACAACAAGGGUGACGGUUGUCUUGUAUAUGAAGACCCUUCGGCAGCUCAUUCUGCUGGCGGUUUUUACAAUAAUUAUGAUUUGAGGGGUUACAAAAUCUCUGUUGCAAUGGCAGAAAAAUCUGCGCCAAAAGCUCCACCUGCUUAUAACCAUGGGGGCAAUAGGGGUGGCUAUGGUGGAGAUAGACGCAGAGACAAUUAUAGAGAUGGAGGUGGUUCUGGACCUGAUAGGCGUGAUAAUUUUGGUGGGAACCGUUCCCGGCCAUACUGA